GCCCCGCGCCGCUCUCUCCUGUCGUCUGCAGACAAGAAAAGGGCAGGCAAAUUCCAGCCUUUCAAGAAGCUCUUCGGCAAGAGGAAGAAAAGAGAGCCCGCCUCAGAGUGCGAGGAGCCCAAACUGAAGCCCAGCCACUCCUUCGGCAACAUCUGCAACGGCGCCUUCUCCUCGGAUGACGAGCCGGGCGGGCUGAGAUCCUCCCAUUAUUCUAUGGGCAGUCGAGCUUUUUCCCAUGACAGUAUUUUCAUACCUGAUGGGAGAACAGAGAGUGAACAGGCCAUUCAAGCAAUGUCACAGGAGAACGUUUUAGGAAAAGUCAAAAUUCUUCAGCAACAGUUGGCCAAAAAUAUAAAAUUUGGGCAGCCUCCACAAAUGACAAUUUCUGCAAGGACGAUGGGGGAAGCAAACGCCAGUGCAGAAGAUGAUGCACUGCUCAGCAGCCCCAUGGAGACUGAGACCCAGCAGGACACAGUGAUCUCAGACUGCAGUAAUAAAUCCACUGACACUCCAGAUUUCUUGAGAAAAAUGAAUUUUCUUGGAACAGGACAUGAAAUGGAAGAAAAGGUCACUCCAAUGAAGUCAGCUCGGCCAAAAAGACAGUUUUCCUGUUCUGGCACAAUUGAAACAAUCAAUUUGGAUUCAGUUCCUCAGGCUCUUGCUCGUCUAGACAACAGUGCAGCUAAGCACAAACUGUCAGUGAAGCCAAAAAAGCAGAGGAUGUCAAGACAGCACAAGAGAUUGACAAAGGGAUCACAAAGUUUAACAAUAACAGAAUUUGAGCCAGAGGACCUAGAAACUCAGCUGUAUGAGGACAUAUACCCAGGAUAUAAUGGACGCUUCACAGCAGACAAGCUAAUCCACGACAGAGAUGAGCAGAAGCAGCUUCAGCUGACAAAGCAAAAAAGAAUUGAAGAUCACUGGGGUAUCCUUGAAGCUGAAAGGAUAAGACAGAUUGUAGAAAUGGAAGAACAAAGAGAAAUUGAAGAAAAAAGGUGCCAAGAACUUGAGGAGAUACGGAAAGAACAGGAAAAAAGACGCUGUGAAGAAGAGAGGAGGCAAUACCUCCUUGAUGAGGAGAAAUUGAAAAUAGAAGAGCAAACAUGCCAUAAAGAUGAAAGAAGACUGAUGAAGGCUGAAAAAAGGCAAGAGCUGGAACAGCAGAUGCAGAAGGAGUUGGAGGAACAACAUAGACAAAACCUGGAGGAGAAGAGGCACUGGCAAGUGGAGGAACAACAGAGACGAGAGCUAGAGGAGCAGAAGCUCAAGGAACAGGAAGAACAACAGAGACGAGAGCUGGAGGAGCAGAAGCUCAAGGAACAGGAGGAACAGAGACAAGAACUGGAGGAACAACAUAGACAAAACCUGGAGGAGAAGAGGCACUGGCAAGUGGAGGAACAACAGAGACGAGAGCUAGAGGAGCAGAAGCUCAAGGAACAGGAGGAACAACAGAGACGAGAGCUGGAGGAGCAGAAGCUCAAGGAACAGGAGGAACAGAGACAAGAACUGGAGGAGCAGAAGCACCAGGAACAGGAAGAGCAGAGAUGUCAGGAAUUGGAGGAGGAGAAGCAUCAGGAAUGGGAAGAGCAGAAGCACAAAUAUCUGGAGGAGAAACAGAGACAAGAGCUGGAGGAGCAGAAGAGGUUAGCACUGAAAGAAUUAAAGCAAGAUAGGACUGCAAAAGACAGUCGAAAGGAAGAAGAAAGAAACUGGCUGGAGGAACAAACAGAGCUCAAGAAAGAAAAUAAGGAAGAAACACAGCAACAAGAACUAGAAGAGAAAGACCUUGAAGAAGUUGAAAUAAAACUAAAGCAGGAGAAAGAGCCUGAGAGCCUCAAACAAGAGAAGGAACAGGAGGAACAAAGACAGCAUUUGAAGGAGAAAGUAAAGACAGAGAAAGAACAACCCCAGCAAGUGACAGAUAAGAAAAAGAAACGGGAAGAGCAGAGGAAACACAAACUCACAAAACAAAUGCACAUGGAAAGUUCAGACUGUGUUCUACAAGAUGAACUGAAGCAGCAAAAGGAACAAAACGGACAUGAAUGGAGCAAGCUGAAAGAGCAGAAGGUAGACACAGAAGGACAAAAUCUUCAGCCAAAACAAGAAAAAUCCUUGGAACAGCCACAGGAAAAAGAUCAGUUGUGUUCUGCUGGAGGGGCUGCUAGGCAUCCAGCAGAGGAGAGGCUCCAAGAAGGAUCAAGUUUCCAAAAAGUCAAACAGCCAGAAAAAGGGACUAAAACAGCAGAAGAAAUACUAGCCCAGAAACUGAAAAAAGAAGUUGAGGCUCAGGAGCAGAAACGCAUAGGGGAAGAACUUCGGUGGCAAGAGGUAGAUGAAAGACAAAUGGCAUCCAGACCCUUCACAUUCCAAGUGUCUUCUGGAGAUAAACAGAUCAUAUUUCAGAAAGUAAAUCUGAGUCCUGUUAUGCCCAUCAAAGGAGCAGGACUCUCUUCUCCAUCUGUCAAAGACUGCAAGGUGCACACUACCAGUAAGGGCUCUCAUUCCCUCCCGUCAUCAGUGUGUGUACCCCACACAGCUAUUUUGGUUACUGGAGCGCAGCUGUGUGGCACAGCAGUGAACUUGAACCAGAUUAAGGACACGGCUUGCAAAUCAUUACUUGGCUUAACAGAAGAGAGGAAAAAUGUGGAUGUUCCCUCUCCAGAGAAGUCUGAGAGAAAAAAGCAGGAUCCCAAACCCAGCAGCAGUAAAAUGAAACAUGCACAAGAGGCAUUGAACAACCAGGCGGUGCUGGCUGAGUGGGCCUCUAUCCGCUCCAGAAUCCUAAAGAAUGCAGAAAACAACAAAUAUAAUGAGAGAGACCGAGUGACUGCCUGCAGGCACAGUGAUGACUGGACACCCCGAGGACGUGGUGCUCCCCACGGCAACUUGAGAAAAACCCUCUCUGCAAAUGCAAAGUUCUCAAUAACACCAGCAUGGCAGAAAUUUUCAGACGUUUCAAAAGCCAAUUCAGAUGCUGAGAAUGUAAAUGUGGCAAAAGGCAAUGAAACAGUGGCUGUGGGGAGAACCACUGGCUCAUCUGCUGAUUCAAAGGAGGAUGUGGUUCCCACUUUUAAGGAUAACUUAGCUGAAAAGCCUAAAGAGAAAAUGGAAACCCAUAGGGAAGUGACAGACAACACUGAAGGCUGUAAAUUUGCAAAAGAUCUUCCAUCAUUCCUUGUUCCAAGUUUUCCACAUUCUAUGGGGAAGGAAUUACCCCAGCCAGAACUUCCCAGUGCUCUGGAAAAUCAGCAGAGUAACAGCACAAAAAAAGCAGAUAAACCACCAUCAAAUGGAGAAGAAAAUGUUUCUCCUUUUGGGAUUAAGUUACGAAGGACAAACUACUCUUUACGUUUUCAUUAUGAUCAACAGGCAGAGCAAAAGAAAAAGAAAAGAUACAGUGCAGGAGACAGUUUUGAUGGUGUGCCUGACCCACUCACCUCAACAGAAGGUGAGAAAGAAUCCUCUGUUUUCACUUCACAAGAAAGUACCUCUCCUGGCACUGGGAGAGCAAACAUCCCUGGCAAUUUAAAAGACUCUUCAGUUACUGUGGUGGAGUUUUCAACACCUGUGGGCACACCAGUGGUCCCACCAGCCACGGGCCAGAGUGCUCUACCUGCUCAUGAGAAACCAGCAUGCAAGUCACUGGUCCCACAGAAACCUGCUUUAGCUCCAAAGCCAACCAGCCAGACCCCACCAUCAUCUCCUCUCUCUAAAAUGAACAGAUCAAACCUGUCUGAAAUGCUGGGGCAAAGGGUGGCUAAAGCUGAAUCAGAUGGUGGCUGGAGAAAAGAAGACAGAGCAAAUGCAGCCCAACCCACACCAUCCAAUGACUACAAAAAUGAAGAGGAAGAAAUCAAAGAAAAGAAGUCAUUUUUCCCAUCUCUAAGUAUUCCAUGGAGAGAAAAAAAUGACAAAAAGCCUGAGCCAUUGAAGAAAGAAAAGCCUGUCCUUCAGAGCAGGCACUCUGUAGAUGGCUCUAAAUUGUUGGAAAAAGUGGAAACUUCGCAACCACUUUGGAUUACAUUAGCACUGCAAAAGCAAAAGGGAUUUCGUGAGCAGCAAGCUACGAGGGAAGAGAGAAGACAAGCCAGAGAGGCAAAGCAAGCAGAGAAACUGGCUAAAGAAAAUGCUGCUGUAAGUAAUCAGUCAGAUAACAAAAGCAGCAGCAGCAAAACAAGCACACUGCAGAAAUCUACAACUCAAGAAGGAGAGAAGAAAAUUGAGACUGCUGUGUCAAGACUAGAAAGAAGGGAGCAUCUAAAAAAGUCGAACACCCUUCCAACUUCUGUGACAGUGGAAAUUUCAGAUUCUGUUCCAUCAACCCCAGUGACAAAGGAGGUGGCCAAGAGAUUCUCUACACCUGAUGCUAACCCAGUGUCAACAGAACCAGCCUGGCUUGCACUAGCCAAGAGGAAAGCAAAAGCCUGGAGUGACUGUCCACAGAUCAUCAAGUAA